UUUGAUCGAAAUAGCAUAUCUCUUUCACAAUGAUCUGACAAUGUUUAGCCGAAGAUAUAGUUUCUUCGAACGUCUUAACAUAAUUGAACACAGCUUGUCUCGUCUAAAACCGUACUAACACAUGAGUGAUGGGUGUAUUUGUACGCUUUCGAGUCCUACUCUAUCUUUUGGUGUCCUUUGUUUUACAUCAAACCUCUUCUGAGACAUUUACAAGCGCCCGGACUUCAUUUCUUCAACUGAAAAGGUGGAAUAUGUCCGACGCGCGGUGUCUUCGAUUUCGCUUCAAAACGUUUCUCCCAGAUGCGCUUCUGCUGUACAUGGAUGAUGAAGGAAAUACAAAUUUCUUACGACUUGAACUGAUUCGAGGAAAGCUACGACUUACAUGCAGCUACGGAUCUCGAUUCGGGCCGAUGGCAGACGAAACCCGCGGCGAAAAUUUAAACGAUUUAGCCUGGCAUAGAGUGUUAGUGGAAAGGAAUAGGGACAACACAACAAUAUACUUAGACAAUCUACCGAAAUUGGCUGUCGAGAGCCGAGAGAAGAAAGGACUAAUCGUGAAAAGCCCGAUGUAUUUUGGUGGUUUUCCACCCAACCUCGGAGCAAAUAGAGUCACACAGCCUUCAGUUCUUCUUCUGAACAGAUUCAUCGGAUGCAUAAUGGAUACAGAGUUUCUAGAAUCUUCUUCUGAACAAGGAAACAAGAUAACUAAAACCAGCGUGGAAUAUUCAGAUGAAGUAAUCCCAGGCUGUACUGAUAUGUGUGAAAGAAAUAACUCAUGCCUCAAUAAUGGGACAUGUCUGAACAGAUUCAUUACAACUGCCUGCGACUGCACCACGACUGGCUUCAGAGGGGACACUUGUGAACGAGCACUUCCGGUCAUUGGUCUCAGCCAAUUAGAUCACUUAAUUUUCAAGCGUUCCAAUAAAUCCGUCUCUUCAAAGCACGAUCGAAUCACGCUGAGAUUCAAGACAGCCAAUCAGAAUGGAUCACUCCUGGAAAGCGGGCGCGGGGCGAGAGACUAUUUAGUGAUCGCGCUGAGCAAUGGUUACAUUCUGAUACGAUGGAACCUUGGAUCGGGUGAAAUGUACCUGCAUGCGCGUGACAAACCGUGCAGUGACAAUAACUGGCACUCGGUUGAUAUACGAAGAAAUCGGGGCCGAAUUAACGUGACAAUAGACGGCGUUUUUCACGUUUCUCAGAGUUUCCCAGGAAACUACCAAUCAUUUGAUUUGGAAGAAGGCGAAGGAGAUGUGUAUGUGGGAGGAAUGGUUAUCAAUGGCUUUGCUACGCAUCGUCGUCCGUCGAGCUUUCCUUUUGAGGGGUGCCUUCAGGAAAUCAGUUUCAAUGGUGUGGAUAUCAUCCAAGGUUUUCUCGACACGAAAGACAAUUUUAUCAGCCAAGGAAGUCUUAGAUUGACUUGUGAAAUCCCAAAGCGACUGAUUCCAACAACUACGGCAAUAACACUACUCGUUACGAUGGAUACAACAAAAUCUGCAUCAAUAGCAAAUAAAGUGCAACGUCCAACCUCAUAUACGACCCCACGAAAAAUGAUUGUGACUGACAAAAAUCAACGUCUCUCAACCUCAAAAAUCAACUCCAAAUAUUCAGAAUUACCCUGCGCAGAUGAUGAAGACGAUUGUAACCCUGAAGAUUCUGGUUCGGGAGGGAGCGGCUAUUCCGGAGAUAAUUAUGUCAGUCCCGGAUCAGAGAAUGAGUCCACCGCGAAAGGUAAACAUAUCAUCCCUGGCACAGGAGCCAAUACAAGCAAAAAUAAGUCGAUUAAAAGCAAGGAAACAGGCGUGGAAAGUAUAGGCGAGUCGGACAGUUCUCUAACGCCUUGCCCGGGGGAUGAUGAAGACGCCUGUGAAAAUGCAAAUGAGUCUGGACAGGGUUCAGCUGAGCCAGGCUCAGCUGCCGGCAGCAUAACCACCCCUCGUCCCAGGACUUUUCCUAAUGGCAACAGCGAAGUUAAUGUUGAAGUGAAGGAAAGAGCCAUCGUAAAGGAAAACAGCAGCAAAAAAUGGACGCUCAUAGCGGGGAUAAUCGUGGUAGGAACACUUCUUGUUGCAUUUUGCAUCUUCGCAAUUUGUUGGCUUUGGAAAAACAAGAAAAACCCCGAGUGGACAGGGGUGUACCAAGUCAAUGGCAGCCGAGAAAGAUGUCUGGCAGCUGAAGCAACAGACGUAUGAUGGCCUAAUUGAUCACCUGAUGAUCAUGGAGCAUCCGUGGACAAAUCAGAGAACAGUCGUGUCUACUUCUUAGCUGUUGUUGCUUCGUGAGUCACGCAACCCCGUUGAAUGUCACGAAACACGUUUUCGCAAGAAGGCCUUAUACUCUGUGCUUGUUUGGCCAAGCAACCUCUCCUCCAGAGCGAAAAAUGUAACGUGACUUUCAAUGGACGAUUUCAAGAGGAAAAACAUUAUCUGACUUAAUGAAUUAAUAAUUUAGAUUAUCAUCUGAUAGCUUAAAAGAAAAGAAAAAGAAAAAAGGAGCAAAAGAAAAACAAAAAUUUGAGCAACAUAACAAAUUCCACCCACAUCAGCUUUGUUUACAUAGUAUUCUAGCAAAGUUCAUUUAGUCAGAUGUUGUUUCCACCGAACAAAUAUAAUUCUAAAUUUGAAAAAAAUACGUCUGUUUGAUUGGGGCAUCUGCUGAGACCCAAAUCAUAACAAACUUCUGUAUGAAAACAAUUUCAGACUCUCAGUAAUAUUGUAUGGAAUUCUUAGCUCACUAUGAAUCACAGUCAGUGCGUAUAGUAAGUAAGAGGUUAAAUUACAUCAUAAGAGGAAAAACAAUUAUGCCAAAAGGAAGAGCAAUUUGGACUCUCCGUCUCUUAUAGUUGAUUACGGACUCUCAAAUACCCCC